CGAGCUCAGCACCGCCGCCUGCCUCGCCUCGCCUCCCCGUCCCUCCCUCCUCCCCUCCCCGCCUUCCCCCCCCCCCCCCCCGCAGCCGGCUGCGAGCCGGGCUGCUUUGCGAGCGGAGUUGAAAGGGGAGGGGGGGCAAACUUUGCAGCCCAGAUGCCUCUGGGGCUGCUCGGCAGAGCGCGGCUGCUCCUGCAGGCACCUGCCGCCGCCCUUCCCCCGGCUCUGCCGCUCUCCGCGGGGGCGGCCGGCCCCGCCGCCGCCGGGCGCCGAGCGCUGCGGCCGCGGCUAGGGGCGGGCGAGUAAGCGGGCGGGCGAGCGAGCGAGCGAACGGGCGAACGAACGGGCGCGCCCCCAUGCGGGUCCCGGGCUGGGGAGCGCCGGCAGGCGGGAGGCGGGCGGCGGCCGGGCGGUGUUCUCCUCCUGCCGCCGCCGCCUGAGGGGACGGCGGAGCGGGACGCCGGGAGCCAUGGGCUAUUGCAGCGGCCGGUGCACGCUGGUGGCGGUGUGCGGCGCGCAGCUGGUUUCUGUACUCGAGAGGCAGAUAUUUGACUUCCUUGGUUAUCAGUGGGCACCCAUCCUGGCAAAUUUUAUACACAUUAUUAUAGUCAUACUUGGCUUAUUUGGGACUAUCCAGUACAGACCUCGUUACAUAACAGGAUAUGCUGUCUGGCUGGUCCUUUGGGUUACAUGGAACGUGUUUGUUAUCUGCUUCUAUUUGGAGGCUGGGGACCUUUCAAAGGAAACAGAUCUCAUUCUGACCUUUAAUAUCUCAAUGCAUCGCUCUUGGUGGAUGGAGAAUGGGCCGGGCUGCACCGUGACCUCAGUAACCCCAGCCCCAGACUGGGCACCAGAGGAUCAUCGUUACAUCACUGUCUCGGGGUGUUUUCUUGAAUAUCAGUACAUAGAAGUGGCUCACAGUUCUCUUCAGAUCUUCCUUGCACUGGCGGGCUUCAUCUAUGCCUGUUAUGUUGUGAAAUGUAUUACUGAAGAAGAGGACAGCUUUGAUUUCAUAGGUGGAUUUGACUCUUACGGCUAUCAAGGUCCACAGAAGACAUCUCAUUUACAGCUACAGCCCAUGUAUAUGUCAAAGUAAACAUGGGGACGACUCAACGUGGGCUGGAGGACCUGUCAAAGAAACUGUUUCAGGAUGACCUCCUGGUUCUUCAAACAGCAAAAAAAAUCCAGGUUUUGUGCUAAAAAAAUAAUAAUAAUAUAAAAGCUGAUUGAACAGUGAGACAAGAACACAACGGACACCUUCAGCCCUUCUUUCUAACAGGUACUAAGGGAGAUGCCCCAGACCCCCACCUUGGACCUCCUGCCUCCCAGCACCAGAGGGCCAGAGCAGAGGCAUUGGUGCUAUCUUCUGGCUCUUCCCUACCCUGGCCGCCGCCAACGUCGCCCAUCGGGAUUAAGACAUGAACGCAGCCCAUUCGGAGCUUUCGGAGCCCCCUCCGCACUCCGGGCCCCGCCGAGUCCCCUUAGUCAACACAACACUAAAAUACCAGGAUGACCUUGCAGCAGAAGUCAAUAGACAGCACGUUGUUUGCCCUGAAGGCUGUACAGUUCAUACUUGCCUUAACCCAACUGCGUUGCACAUCAGAGAAACUCCGUGCAAGCUUUCUGAAGUAACGUCCUUUAGGCUCAACAUGCUGCUGUUAAUUCUGAACGAUUUCUAAGUCAGUGGUUUUCUUCUGUUUGGUUUUGUUUUGUUUUCAUGUCAGGGAAUAAGGCUCUGUUGCUCCAUGGCUCCAGAGCGACCAAGUAGAAAACUGCCAGCUGUCUGAGAAGUGCUUUACUUUUGAGGCUCCACAGUGGUCAAGAAACAAACAGUUUAUAAUGGUUAAAAAAAAAAAAAAAAAAAAAAAAAAAAAAAGAAAUGAGACCUUUUGGGGGUCAGGGUGGGGAAAGGGGUAACAUAAACUAAUAAAUGAACCUACUGGAAGUAAGCAGCAGAAACAGUGCUUCUUAAUCCCGCUCUUUUUAUUUAUCGCACUGUAGGUGCUUUUAUAGCUAUCUCUAAAUGUCUUUUACUAACUACAGAGACAUCUGCAGAUUUCUAUCAACAAAGGCCAACUGAAUAUGUACUAGCUAUGUUUACUCUUUUAUAUCUAAUUUCAACUGAAAAUUCUCUGUAAGUGAGCUUUUUUUUUUCUAAUUGCACCAUAAGGGAUCCAUAUAUUUUAUUUUUUGGUUUCAGUUGGGGAGGGCGGGGAGGGACUAGUUGAGUUGAAGAAAUAUUGGAGACCUUUUUGUGGUAUAUUUGGGGGAUCUGUUGUGUGUUAGAAUGUGUAUUUUAUCUUCCUGUAUUAUUGUGGCUGAAAAAAAAAAAAACUGUGCUGUUACGUAGUUGGCAACAAGAUGCCUUUGGGAAUUUUGCUAGUAGGUCAAUGUGUAUAUGAAAUACUCUGAACUCCUAGGAACAUAUGUUUUGUUCUACAUCUGAUCUGUAUUUUUCAGGCACUUAGGUGGCUUUCAUUAGGAAAAACCCAAUAUUUUGCUCAGGCUUUUCGGAAACUUGGAUUGUCAUUGUUUCUUUGCUCAGACCUUGCAUAGGCAAACGCACGCACCUACCACACCUGAGGUGACCGCGUAGCUUUUGAGGGCGAGAGGGAAGGUCGGCAGUUGGAAAAGCUCGAGAUGCCCCCCCCCGAGCGACUCCCUUUCCUCCCACGGCCUGUGCGCUCACGCCACUCAUCAUCCCUGUACAAACCAGCGCCCUUUGCCGUGUCUGCAUGGAUGUACAGCGUCACAAGCAACAACUCUGGACAAUGACAGAGGAACAGGCGUUCACCAGUGAAAAUAAGAUAUGUUCAGGAACUAUACGUACAUUUAUUCAGUGAGAUUUUUUUAUAUCUAUCUAUAUAUGUAUAUGUAAGUGUAUGUGUGUGUGUGUAUGUCUAUGUAUAUAAAAUACACAGGAAUAACUAUCGGCAGGGGUUGCAUAACCCAGGAAGCAUCCGAUGCGCGGGGCCAAGGGCUCCGGCCCCAGAUCCUGACGGGGAUUUGCUGACUCUAUUAGGCACGUCCCCUAGGCCUGAUCCCGUAAAGCAUUCAUCGCUGAUUUGGAUCUCAAAUUUAAAUUUUUGGACUUGGUUACCCAAAACUCUGAGUUCAUUCUGGGUAGAGCUGCUUUUCACCCCCUGGAAAAUCAUGCAACUUCCAAGUGCCAGGCUGAAACUUCCCAUAACUUGAAAACUUUGGAAAGUUUCUACUUUUAUGUAGGAUUAAAUACAGCAGAUGCAUAGUAUUAAACACAAUGUAGAGGUUUAAAUGGAAUGAAAAUGUCAUAACAGGGUAUUGUAGCUUUCCCUGUAUACCAGUUAAUCAAAAUCACAUUUCUAUAAAAAUCAUUUUUUAACGUGAAAAGAAACCAGCUUAGGCACCUAAGCAGCAAUCCAAUUUUCAGAAGAUAAUUUUUCAUCCCUUUCAGUGAUUUCCCAUGGAACCGCGGCUACUGGUAGUUAGCAAUUUUAGAAGUCAGACAAUUUAAUGAAGUGUCUACAUGUAGGUUUUAGGCCUGAUUUUAAUUUAGAAAAUUUUGGCCUUAAUUUCUCUGUGUCUUAGUCUUCCCAUCUAUAAAAUGGGAAUAACAUGUGCCUCGCAGGUUUUUUGUGAGGUCUGAAUUGUUAAUGUUUGUAAAGUGCUUAGGAAAUAGGAAGCACAUCUAACUAUUAAGGAUUACAUUAUAAAUGCGUAUUCAUAUAUUACAUAUAGAGUAGAUAUACACACACUCACAUACACACAGUAUACAUAUAUAUACACAUACACACCUAUAUGAAGUUGGUAUUCAUAACCCUGCUUAAGUUGCAGUUAAAGCACCACCAUUAAAAAGAAAUUAGGACUGUUGACUACUAAAUUAAAUGAUUAGUGGACAGAUCUCUUCUGGAAGCAGUUUAGAGCACAGUAAUGUGAGAAUAUCUGGAUGACAUUUUUGAUUUGUACAGCUGUAUCCUCCUCAAAAUCCAGUAAAGAAUGUUAUUUUUCUAGGCUGGGCUUUUGUUAUAAACUUAAAUAUUCAGAAGGCAAGAGAUACAAUCCAAAUGUGUCUUUUUUUUUUCUUUUCUUUUUGGCAUUUGUUAAUUCUGAAUGUAUUUUUAACAAAAGUGAUUUUUUUGACUUACUAGUGUAAUUUGCAUUUAAAAAAAAAUAAAUGGAAAAAAUAUAGGUUUCCAAGCUAUUCAUGGCCCCCUGCUGCUAUUCACAACUUACAAGAAACUUAGAAUUACUGUUCCCAACUGAGCAACAAUGCAGGAUAAAGAAUCCUAUUACAUUUACAUGAUGACAAUCCCGAUCUGUGCAGCGCACGGAUGUGACAGCACUGAAUAGAAAUUGCCAGGUCAUGACACCAUUUUAACUCUGUCAGAGGUAGCAGGUAUUUUCAUUAUCACUGACACUAAAAGGUUUCUUUUACAAGGCUGACUGCAAUAGACUCUUCACUUAGAAAACGGGGCGGUUUUGCCCACUCAUCAGGAAUUUUAAGCCUAUGAUAGGUUUACAGUUGCCAACAGUGUUAAGUAUUGCAAAAGUAAUCCUUGUUAAGAAGGAGCUAUGUAACAUGGAUAUUUCCACUGCAUUAAUAUUCUUUUAUAUGCUGUUCAUUGUCCCUGCACUGAAAUGAUGAAAUCCUGUCUUCGGCAACGUCUUUAUCGAGCUCACAUACAAUUGACAGCUUGCCUGAGGUCAUUUAAUAAAGGCGGAGCAGAACGGUAUACAUUUCGAGAUACUCGGUCAUGCUCUCCUAAGACUAUUCCUUAGAAAGAGAGUUCAUUAAUUAUUGUCAUUAGGAUUUUUUAUGCCAUAAUUAUAGCGCAAGUGAUACUUUUCAGUCAGGUAAGGAGGAACGUUUUGUGCUCUACUUGCUUAAUUUGACUACUGGUUGCAAUACUCAACUGCUGUCCAGCAUUUUGACAAAGGCUGGUGCAGUACGUAUUGAUCCACGGACGUCUCCGGACGGGAGUGGGCUAUUAACUCUGUGUCUGAAGGUUUUGAUCACUUGCACUCUCACUGUCCGUUUGAGCACACUGAUUGAGGCAAAGCAAAACUCCGUACACCAUGAAUCCUUCCAGCUUACAAUAUUUUCAUUUCCAGGCCUCUGUUUUAUUUUUAAAUGCAAUUAAUCAGAGCAUGAGGAUUUUUCUCACAAAGAUGGAAAGCCCCAGGAGCAGUCUAUGUGUAUGUAUUGCUUGCUUGCUUUCUACUGAUGAGUCUCCUCAACAUAGCUGAGACGAAAAUGAUAGACAUUUUGAGUUUGUUUUGUAGCUAAUCUGAAUCUGGCUUCUUCCCAGUGCGUGUGGACUGGUGACAGACACUGAAGGUGAGCCAGGUUUUACUGAAGAACCGAUGCAUAGAAAUACUGCAGACAGCACUGUGUCCACUGCUCCUUGGAGAAAGAUGUAGACAGUUGUUAACGCUAAUCAGUCCACUCCAAGCUAUGUGCAAUAUUAAAUGUAAUUACUAUGCAUAAAAGAAACUGCCCUUUAGACUGCAGUUAUUCAUUCACAUAUAGAAGUGGCACAGCACAGAAUGAGUCGGUAGAAAGUGUUUCCUUCCUGCAGUCACUAAUACGCUUCAUCCCCAGCCACGGACUGGAGAAAUCGUCUCUGUUUGGUCUCGUGUCCUGACAAGUCCCUCUCUUCAGACCUUCACCAAGAGGGGCAAUUGCGGCCAGUUGGGGUCGUGACCUUUGCAUAGCUGAGUGGGAUAGAAACAAAGAUAUUGCACCAAAUGUGGAGUUCUAAGUAGCACCGUACAUGCGUUUGUUGCACAUCUCUCUCCACAUACACAGAAGAAGGGUCUUUUAAAAUGCACUCUUCCUUUACCUCUCAGAAACCGAGACAGAUAAUGUCUUUUUUAAGCAUCUUCCAAAUCCUGCAAAGAUCAAUAAAGAGUUUUUUCAUCAGGUUCAAUCAAAACACCAUCUUUUCUGCUCUCUGUUGAGUAGAAGACUUAGCUCUUGGAACUUUCAAAUGCCUUGGGAUUAUUAUUUUGGAUAGAUAGGAGCACUGUGAAACCUGAGCAUUAAAAAAAAAUUGCUUGUGGUCAUCUCUGAUUCAAAAUUAAACCUCCUCUACAAAAGCCAAACUUCUGCAUUCACCAGUGGAAAAGGAUCUUUUCUGCCAUCUGUUACCUAACCACUUUCCCAGCUUGCCUUUGUCCUCCUGGGAAAUAGGUUAUACGGAGCUAAACGUGAAGAAGCAUGUUCAUAUUCAGCUUGAGCUCUUCAGCAGUCUUCUGUUCUGCCACACAGAAUGUUAUUUCAUACAUAUUUCAUUUCUUUCUCCCUGUCACCAUCUUCUUGUCUCAUCCUCACUCUCCCCCUCUACCUGAAGACAACAACCCCAAAUACGCUCCCGAAACUACGUACUGCUCUUUGUCACCUCCGUCGUUCCAAACUGUUCACAUAAUGACAGUGACGACAGUCAUGGAGAAUGACGGUGACGACAGUCAUAGAGGACGGUGUCACUGUGGAUAUGUGUGCAAAACUGGAAGAAGACAAAAAACACAAAGUUUGUGUACAUCCUCUGAAGGCCCCAGACGCAGGGAGACACUUAACAGAAUGGUAAAGGCUGUCAGCACACUGUGAGGUACCGCGAGCCCUAGUAGGAAUCAUUUUCAAAUGUGCAAUUACAUUUGCUAAAGUUAUAGUGCAGUGAGUACACAGAGAGUCAUAAAUAUCCGGAGCUACAAAAGGCACAGGUGAACUAGAACAAAAUUCACAGAAAAUGUGUUUGUGAACACGUUGACUGAAUCAGAUUCACAUUUCAGUCUCUUCAAAUUUGUCUCAGGGUUGGUUUUUUUUUUCCCCUUGCAAACAUUUGGAUGGUUGGUUUCUAUGCAUGCAGGUGAACUUUUUGUUCCUAGGAGAACGUGUAAGUAUGUGCAAUUGCAUUAAUUUACAUGGGAUUCUCAGUAUUCAGGCAUCUAUGUGCAGUUGUGCUAAAUGUUGGCUCAUUUCUCCCUGUCACACAUGCAUACACACACAUACCUGUUAUGUGAGAACAUUCCCUGGUGGGGAUACAAAACCACGCACACAGUCUCUCCCCUUUUCUACUUAGCUUUUUCUAUCCCUCCUUUCAAGAGGUUCAAAGUCCCCCAUUUUUCAGAUGGGCAUUCUGUAUACAAAAACUACAGUUUCUGAUACUUACUGGAUGUACAAGCAUGGUGCAAUCCAUGAACACAGUAAAGACAGUCUUUCUGCAAAGAGUUCCUAUGUUAAAUAAAGUAAGUAAAUGAGAACAUUUCAAAUUUAAAAAAAAAAAAGAAAAAGACAAAUAUGAUCUCACAGUCUCACUCUGCUGUUAAUUUUUGAUUAAUCAAAAAACUGGGUGCCAAAAAACUUCAGGAGAAGGAGAAAGGCAGGGAAAAGGGAACUUAGAGUUCAAUUAUAAGGUGAUAUGGUUAAUUUAAGCAUGUACAUAUGACAGUUGAGUAAAAGAAUCAACCAAUUAUAUCUCACUAGAGUAUCCAAUUAAUUUAUGAGAGCUCCAUAUAGAUGUAUUAUAUCAUAUCCUACAUUUUAAAGGCAUCUAAAGCAGUAGCUAUGGAAGACGAACAACAUCGAAGGGACUGCAAAUUGAUGCCAUCACAAAAGGUUGACGGAUUGAUUCAAUUAAUCAGUAAGUCAUUUCUAAGAGUUCUGCAGGGAUUUAUUUACCAAACACUUACGUUGUUUAUUUUGCUCUCUGGAGGGAAUGUGUACUGUCAUUUUUCUUCAUUAUUCUUCUUGUUUCAUUCAUCAGUUUCUGACAAAUAUUUUCAUGCUGAUAUGUGGCAUGUAACCCAUGUAAAUUGUCCACAUUUACUGAUUUAAAGCAAUAGACUCCAAGCUUCCAGUAGCCGAGAACCUUUGUUUAUUUCCCUCAGGUCCCAAGAAAUCCUAACCAUCUAUAAUUAAUAUGAAGACAUGUUUUCCAUUUAAUCUUUACUUUCACUGUCUGCUCAACAUGACAGAGAUGUAAGGUCUUGCCUAGCAUAAUAUGUGGGUACCUGCUUAAACUUUAGAGAGAAACUUACUAUGAAAAACAUUUUGAACACUGUUGACGCUAAAUAAAAUAACUGUGCCAUCUUUGGUUUGGCCUUUAUGUUUUGUAGUUCAAAUCCAGGGAAACAAUGCAAGAAUGUUUUCAGAAUGUCAGCAGUUUUACUAUGUUUUCCAUAGGAUUAGAUAACGUUUUUAUUUUAAUAUUGUCAUAGUACUUGCUUCAAAGUCAAUACACAGAAAUGGCCAAAUUAGAUCAAAUCGCAGAUUACAAAAUGGCAGAUGCUGGCCACAACAGAGGUCUGUGAAGUUUUAAGAACUGAAACAGAAAGGAAAGCAUGUUGUGAAAGUGCUGAGUCUCAUUUGGAUAAAUAUUUUUUAUUUUAAACUAUCAGGAACACUGAACAUUUAAAUAAAAAAGAAAACCAUU